CUCUCAAACUCCAGUUCCCUAACUGAACAAAUCUGAAUUCUCUAUGGGAGACGACGAAGAGAGCUUCGCAGAGAGUUCGAUGGCUGCGAUAAGAAAUGGCGAAUCACCUCAUGAAGGGUUGUUUCUGAUAAUAACUUACCUCCCGCUUAUCGAUCUUCUAUCCACGAGAGCAGUUUGCAGAUCACUAAGAGAUGCAGUCAACCAUGAUGUCCUUCCAUGGCUACAAUUAAGCGUCACACCACCUCUAAGCUCCCGCCUAUCCGAUAACAUCCUGUUUCAGUUAUGCGCCAAAGCUCGUGGACGCCUUACAACACUCGCUCUCAUAAACUGCACCAAAAUCACUGAUAGCGCAAUUCAAAUUGUUUCCGAAAACAAUCCUUUCAUCACAAAGAUGUACUUACCAGGUUGUACGAGUUUAACCAUAGAUGGAAUCAUAAGAUCUGUUAAGACAUUAACAGAGAAUUCCCAUACCUUAACAAGUUUGAAGAUUAAUGGAAUCUAUAAUAUAGAUAAACAUCAUCUUCAAAUGCUCAACACCUUCCUUCAUCAUCAUCAUCACAAUCAGCCUUCUCUUCGAUUCUAUCAACAAUUCAAGAACUCGUCGGUUAUUAAUAAUGAUGAUGAUGAUCCGAUUGAUGUGAGUAUAUGUCCGAAGUGCGAUGAAGUGAGAAUUGUGUUUGAUUGUUCCAGAAACGACUGUAAAUGCAGAGGAUGUGAGAUUUGCAUACCGAGAUGUGUAGAAUGCAGCGGAUGUUUCGAAUCAGAUGAAUACGAAGAAGAAGAAACGGCCUGCAAUCACGUAAUAUGUUCGUCUUGUUGGCUUCUUCUUCUUCCAAAAUGCAGCUUCUGCAACAAACCUUACUGUAACUUAAACGAUUGUCGUCGUCUUCUUCAUCUUCCAAACUUCAUCUGUGAUAAUUGUUGUGCAAGAUUUGUAACAACUACAGCAGUAACAGAGGAAUGAUAAUAAGAACCCUAACAGAUGAGAUGAUGAUAAUUGGUAAGCCAAAUUCAUUAGUUAAUCAAUCCAUGAUAUAUAUAUAUCAGCAUACAUUUAUAAUCACUGUAAAAACCAAAUUAAAUGUCACUAAAUUCGUACAAGUUCAUAUCAUAUCCUGAUAAAUCAAUUUAACAAGAUAAAGAAGAUCCGAUCCGAUCCAAUCCGAUCAGAUCAGAUCAGUUCACUCCUGGUUCUUCAACCUCUGGACACGCUGAUUCAACUGUUCAACACGAACAACAAGAUGAGUAACGGAAUACAACAGCCAAUAGAAGGUAAGAGCAGCGGCUAUUAAGAGCGCAUUCCUCUGCGAUUUCAUGAUCGAUUUCUGGUGACGGAGAUGCUCAGUCGGUGUGCACGAAUCAGACGAUUCGCAAUUCGGCCGCGUCUCGUAUUUCCAGUAAAUAUCCAUGAGGAGAAAGAGGCAAAACGGUACGAUUGAUAGGAACGGUUUCAAGAGGUUGCGAGUGACGGCGACUAGACCUUUACGGAGAGCGUUCAAGCCAGGGAUGGUAAGGAGGAGAACCAUUAUAGCCUCUGCUGCUGCGGCAUAACCUAGAACUACCCAUUCUAACGCCAUUGAUGAUGUUUUUGGUGGUAAGAAUAUUACUGGAAGGACUGGAUUUUGCUUCUUCCUCUUCAAUUCGAUGAUGAUCUCCGAUUCUGGAUUGAUUUCGAUCUAUUUCAGAACGAUCGGUAUUUU